AAUGACUCGACUGUCCGACAUGGUGGCACGCGGUGGCGAAGAAUCAGCAACUCGAGACUAGCUCUUCGAGGUAGUAGGGCAGUUGAAGCGACAGCGGGGUUCCCUCACACCUUUCCCGGUUGUGCAUUACCAAGCAGACGAGAAGGGCGCGGCCCGUGAGAGUGAGAAUUGGGAGUCAAUGUUGCAGUUAUCUCUGGCCCGGAUGACCUGUAGCGCUAUUUGAAAGAGGACAUUCCCGGGCAUAAAAAUGAGGCCAAUCGCGAGCAGUGGGAGAUGGAUCGACGAGACAUUGUCGAGCUGAUGGUGGCAUCAAUUCGAGGUACUCACGUACUCGAACGCAUUCGGUGUCUUGGUUGGUCCCCCAAGCACAUCGGCCCAAGGUUGACCUAUCAGGUGAUCCUCGACACCUUGGGUAACGAAUUCCGCGCCCGGUCUAUACAGUUGGUCUGGGAAUUCCACAGCUUGGAGACCAAUAAGGAUGCGCGUUACGCCAAAGCCUACCUCCAGAAGUUUGACUCCAUCUACAAGCAUAGCCCGAGGUUCGGUUCUUCUUACGACGCCAGAAUGUCAUACUUCUCGCGAGGCAUUCGCACCUACUACCCCAGGUGGUACGAUCGCCACGUCCGCAAGGUUGCAGACCAGCCGUUCCGUUGGGCUCUUUUCUUCCGGGACGUCGCAUGGGAGGCCAUCAUGGGCAGAUUUCGUUAUUAUCCAACUGAAAUUGCGAGAGAUGGAGGCCUCAGUAUUCGAGAUAUACGACGAAGUCGACAGGGAGUGGGAACAUCCUGCACCAGAAGGUCCACUCCAUACCGUGCUCGGCCCUGAGGUUGGGAAAGAUUGCUUGUUGAACGGAAAGAGGAUCGCUGAUAUCUGAGAGUCGGUGGCUGAGGACGACGACAAGGAAGAGACAUAGGCACUAAGCCACAAGUCAAAAAGGUAUUUGUUGCUGAUAAUCUAGAUAUUUCAUCGGUCCUCACUAACUCAACACACCUCAGUCAACCACGGCCUCCGACGACAGCCAUGGCCGUCAACCCACCAACCAACGCAACUCAUCUGAGCUGGAGGAGGAGCAAUACCUGACUAUCACAGAGG